AUGAGUGGUUUGAAUGAUUUGAACGAUCGUACUGAGUAUUCGAUUGUUCAUGAUCUGAUACGACGGUCGAACGAUGUUGUGUACGAUCGAUCUCUGUUCGAUUCAUUGAAGCAGAAAAUUUAUUUGUACCAAAAUCAUCGUCAACUGGAAACCGCUUUCUCGAUUCCACCAAACGGUUGGCAAUUGGAAUUUCCGACGAUUCCGAAAACAGAAACAGAAUUUGAUAAUCAACGCGAUAUGUGGAACGAAGCCGGUAUCGGACCACAGGUCAGUGCGGUUGUUUGUAAUGAAGAGCAACGAGGCUUGCUUGCUAUUCUCAUUGAAAUCGUUCAUAAGCCUCGUCAAAACAGAAAUACUUAA